ACACAAGGCUGUUUGAUUGAAACCAAAACAAACUAGAAGGCUCAAAAAAUGUCAGUUCAAACUGUUUUUUUCAGUCUCUGAUUUUUAUCUGAGUUGACUGUAACUUAAUUUAAUUUAUUUUAAAAAAAAAAAACAAAGUAAACAGGGAAAGAACCGAGAUGUUUCCAUUGCUCUGUCAAAAGCUCUUUAUCUUUUAUGCAUUAAUUUUACACGAGGAGGACGAGAUUAACGAAGACACGUCUCUUCUUCCUUUUUCAAUGCCUAUUUCCCGUAAAACUUCUCCUUCUCUCUCUUCUUCUUUGCCGUCGUCUCAUUCUCAUCUUCACGACAACAGUUACAAUGCCGGUAAUUCUUGUAAUAACCAAGGCCAACAGCAGCAACGCCGUCUCACGCGUCAGAGGAAGCUCAGGCACGCGACGGAUGAUGAGCUUGGCUUAAGGUUUAGUGAUAUCGAUCGUUCGUUUUCCUCUCCCGGUUCGCCUGUUAGGACUCCUGCAAGGAAAUUGAGGUCUCCUGACUGGUUGGAACAUUGGUCUUCGUCUGCUGUGCCGAAACCUUUGCCUCUGCCUGAGGUUUUCAGAAAUCGGAAAUCGAAGACGUCGGGUUCGAGUCCUGGACCGAGUCAACUCGCAUCACCUGAUGAUGGACUCACCUCUUCUGUCGGAAGGAAGAGUGCAGAUCAUGCCGCUGAAAGUGCAGCAAAAUCAUUGGUCAAUGUUCAUAAGGGAUUCUCUCAAGAUGAACCUGUUGAAAGCUUUACUAAUGGCCCAAACCCAAGAGUUGCUACAAAGAGCGGUGUAACAAGUUUUUUCUCAACCCCUGCAAGUCCUCGAAGAUCAAACACCCAAGAUCACUUUUAUUCUAAUGAUGUUACAGGUUCAACCAAAUCUUUAUUAAGUCGUCGUAGGGGUUUCUCACAUGAGAAAAUUUUGGGGAAUGUUAACCACAACUUGAGGCUGAAUGUUCCAGCCAGGAGUGCUCCAACAACUGCUUUUUCUAGUCCCUCCGUUAGCCCACAAAGAUCAAAAGCAGUAGAUGUUUUUUCUUCUUCCUCCUCAGGACCUCAAGAAUUACGGGGUUUGAUAGAUAUAUAUGUUCCAGAUUUAGGUAGGUCAGCUGCUUAUACUUCACCUGUAAAAACUGUACAUUCUCCUGACCAUUCUCCACCACAUAGCCCCCGUCUAAAUAAAAUUUCAGUAGCACCACACCAUAAAUUGCCCAUGGAGAGCCAUAAGGAGUGGCUUGAAAAUAAUACUCAAGUAAACGCCCAUCCGUUGCCCCUACCUCCUGGAGCUUUACUAUCAUCACAAUCACCGUUGCCACUACCCUCACCUGUUUCAAAUUACAUCAUAGAAAAGCCAAUUGCAACAUCAAUGAUAAACCAAUGGCAGAAAGGAAGACUUCUUGGACGUGGUACAUAUGGAAGUGUUUAUGAAGCAACCAACAGAGAGACUGGAGCUUUGUGUGCAAUGAAGGAAGUUGAUGUCAUCCCUGACGACCCUAAAUCUGUUGAAUGUAUAAAACAGUUAGAGCAGGAAAUUAGAGUUUUGCGACAUUUAAAGCAUCGAAAUAUUGUUCAAUAUUAUGGCAGUGAAAUAGUUGAUGAUCACUUUUACAUAUAUUUGGAGUAUGUCCAUCCCGGCUCAAUUAAUAAAUAUAUCCGUGAACAUUGUGGGGCUAUAACAGAAUCUAUAGUUCGCAAUUUCACCCGCCAUAUUCUAUCUGGCUUAGCAUACUUGCAUAGUUCAAAGACAAUCCACAGGGAUAUAAAAGGAGCAAAUUUGCUUGUCGAUGCCAAUGGUGUUGUUAAACUUGCUGAUUUUGGCAUGGCAAAACAUCUGACGGCACUAUCAUACGAGCUGUCUUUGAAGGGCAGUCCCUACUGGAUGGCUCCUGAGGUCAUAAAGGCUGUCAUGCAAAAAGAUUCCAACCCAAAUCUUGCCCUGGCUGUUGACAUAUGGAGCUUGGGUUGUACUGUCAUUGAGAUGUUUAAUGGUAAACCUCCUUGGAGUGGGCUUGAAGGGCCUCAGGCUAUGUUCAAGGUUCUGAACAAAACCCCACCUAUGCCAGAAGCAUUAUCUCCAGAAGGAAAGGAUUUUCUACGUUGUUGCUUUCAAAGAAAUCCUGCAGAGCGGCCAUCGGCAGCUAAGCUACUUGAGCAUCCUUUUGUACGGAACUCAGCUGAUCAAAAUGGAUCGGUCCUCGUGCAGGCAUUUUCUAUAAUGAAUCUAACAGAUAAAUCACAUAGUCCAAGAAACUGCUCUACACAUAAACUUGUAUUGAUGUCUACUUCCCCAAGCACAAGGAUCACGAAUGGGAAAUUACCAUGUAAUAGUGAGACUGGUCAAUUAGGCUAUGCCAAAACCAUAAACUGUGCUGCGGCUUCUCAUCAUCCCCUCUUUUCUCCUCGUGAGGUCUCCGGUCAUACAUCUACAACAAGACUGAUCCAUGGUUCACAUAGUUUCAGCUCUUCUUCACAUGUUUCCAGCAAUACGCCACUCGGUGCAGUGAACAAUCAUCCAUGUGCUCUGGGGCAUACUCAAGGAAAGGAAGUCCCACACGUCUGAAACUUGUUUCAGAUAGAUAGGUACGAGAGCAAGGCUCCAAUGUGGAAAUCUUGGAGAAACCGGCAUUUAUUUAGAAAAAAAAAAAACCUGUGGGGUUUCUAGCGGAAAGUUUUUUACAUUACCAUCUCGGGCAUUGGUGACUAGCGCAUUUAGCAUAGGUUAAGCUGCUACAUGCGCUGUAAAUACGAGGCUUCUUAGUUGCUAAAUCCUCUCAGCUGCAAUUUGUAAGCUGAUAAUUUCCUCAUUCUUUUACGUUCAGGGCUUGCACCAGUAGAAUGAGUUCAUCUAUAGGUUUAGUAGGCUGUAACUUUGAAAGAAUCUGUAGAUACUUGGAUCAUGUUUUGUUAAACUGAAAUUCGUUUCCUCUGCUAAUAUCAUUGAUUUCUUCUAAUUUUGGGGCUAAAUAACAUACGUGUUUGAGUUGUUUACCAUAUUUAAGCAUGCUGUUGUUUACGACUGCUGGAACUUGAUUCACCUGUGGUGCAGAAAAAUACCUUCGACACCAACCACCAGAAUAUGAUGAAAAGAAUACUUGUUUGAGCCCUUGAAAGACGUCAUUCUACGGGCUGAGCAUGCUAAGAAAAAAAACAAAACAUGGUGAAAAAGACACCAGUCCUUUCUUUCUGCCCUGUUCAAAUCAACUACAUUCGAACAGAGACGGAAAAGGGUAAGGGAAAGGGAAAGACGAAGGAUUCAGUUUGGAAAGACGAGAAGAUAGCGGUUUCCCUCUUUACCUCAGUGGUGGUGACCAUUGGUUGGCUAAAAAAGGAGAAAGAUUGGCAUAGGUGUUCACGUGCUGCUCAGUGAGAGUUGGUGUAAGGAUUGGACUUUCUGAAUUGGAUAAUUGUUAAGGUUGUCUUCCAUGGUUUCUGACACUAACCAGAAAAAAAAGUACUGCAAAAGCUCGUCGACGUUAUUGAAAAGGGCUUCUCCAGGAAAGGUUUUGGACUUUCACAUUCCCAUAGAUUCCCACUAACUUUUUGUUAUUACUUUUUGCCAUUUCCCCUCGUCCUUUUACCGUUCGAAGACAAUAUUGAGCCAAUCUGAAUUCCUAUUCUCCACCUCCAUGAAAAUUUUAAGGAAUUAGAUAAACUACAUUCAGGUGAGUAUAACUCAAUCGUUGUAGCCUCCUUCUCACUCGCUAGUGCUGAGGCGGAAGCUCAGCUCUGCCUCCACUUGUUCUUCGGGACUCGAUUGUUUUGUUUCCAACUUCAAGUUGCUAUUUUGACUAGUCCCAGCAGCCAAUUGGGCAGGAUUAAAAUUAUUAACCCAUGAACCAGAAGAUUUCGGAACUGAGUUGAAGGUAUUUAGGGCAACGGAUCAAAGAUUCUGCAUAGAAUUGAUUAACCAAAGACCUUCAAAUGUACAAAGGUUAGGACUUUUAGGCUGUUUACUUGCAUCCCGUGGCCAGUUCAAACAAAACAAGUUUUGUUUGGGAACAGAACUCAUCUUCUUCCCUAAUUAUCAUUUUUUUAUACAAUAAUAUAACCUCCAAAAUGCGUCUUUUUAUUUAUCCAAAAAAAAUAAAAAACAAAAUGGGUCUUUUUUUACCUUUUUCCACACAAUGGUAGAAUCCAAGACUUAGAACUAAUAUACACUGCCUUUGAAAAUAAAGAAGAAAAGAGUUCAUGU